AUGGUUGGCAUCAAGAGUGGACGAUUGAUGAUGGACGGUGAAGCCCCAAAUGGCCUUUCACAGUGUCAAAUUUGUAGGCAACUUGUUAGUGGCUGCAUUAAGCCAUGGUCGUUCUCUGCCGCAUCGUUUCACAUCACCCUCUUCGCUGGUCAAUAUUCUAGUUGCACAAUGGUGCUGUUAGUCAGUGUCCCCUGCUGUCAGGUUGCAGGAUCGAUACUUUUGGAAGUUGUUAUGCACGUUCUGAAGGCAUCUCAAAACUGGCAACGACAGGACAUUUCUCUCAACUCAGCUGUUUGUGAUCUGCAAAUAAGAACAACCAAAAGGUAUCUCGCCCAUCUGCAAGGCCCAACUUCCUGA